UUUAGGGGUUUUGUCUAUGGGGAACAAGUCUUUAAUAUGCUUUUUAGGCACCCAGUGUGAAUAUUUUUUGCACAGCCUGUUUAAAAAGACAUAACACAAGCUACUAUAUUGAUGAACAGUAAGUUGUGCUCAGUUUGGUAUAGCAUGGCAUGCACUCAGCAGAUCAGAAGAAUUUGGGGGGACUACAAAAGGGGCCGUCGGUCUCAGGUCUGUUAUCUGUUAAAUUUAACUUGCAGCUGUUUUGAAGAGAAAAGAGCAAAGGGUACACAGUGAGCAAGCAGCAAUGUUUUGGACAAAGAGGAAAUAAUGUCAGAGAGAAAGAAAAACAGCGCAUGCUGUAGGUUAACUCAUCAGUCAACUGAGAAACAAGUGUUCUCAAAAUCAAGAUGGCCACCUUUGACAGCAACAAGAUCGAUCUGAUUAAUGCCAGCGCCUUCUACUGCAAAUUUCAAGAGGAUUUUAAAUAUAUUCUCCUUCCUGUCAGCUAUGCCCUGGUCUUUGUAGUUGGUCUGGCUCUGAACGCCACAGCAUUGUAUGUGAUUUUGUUUCGCACCAAACGCUGGAAGCCCUCCACUAUCUACAUGUUCAACCUGACGAUGUGCGACACUCUCUACAUCCUCACUCUGCCCUUCCUCAUCUAUUACUACGCAGAUGAGAAUGACUGGCCCUUCAGCGAACCCUUCUGCAAGCUCAUACGCUUCCUGUUUUACGCCAACUUAUAUGGUUCCAUUUUGUUCCUGUGCUGUAUCAGUCUGCAUCGGUUCGUUGGCAUCUGCUACCCAGUCCGCUCCCUCUACUGGGUCAGCGCUCGUCAGGCCAGGCUGGUAUCUGUGGCAGUGUGGGCUUGUGUUUUAUUCUGCCAGGCACCUGUCCUCUACUUCUCAAGAACUAGGGAUGUGGACACCGAGCGGAUCUGCUAUGACACCACCAGCCCAGAGCUUUUUGAUGACUUCUUGGUGUACAGCUCUAUCGUGUCAGUUCUCAUGUUUGCCCUGCCCUUCAUGGUGGUGAUGGUGUGCUAUGGCCUCAUGGUGCGGAAGCUUCUAGAGCCUGGCUGGGGAUCUGACGGAGGAGAUGAGGGCGAGAGGGGAGGCCUGACAGCCCACCGUUCCAAGCAGAAGUCAGUGAAAAUGAUAAUCAUUGUGCUGGUAGCAUUCAUGCUCUGCUUCCUCCCUUUCCAUCUCACCAGGAGCCUUUACUAUUCUUUUCGAUACCUGAGGCAGGUCAAUCCAGCACAGAUCAGCUGUAAGUUGUUGGAGGCCUCCAGUGUGGCCUACAAGGUGACCCGACCUUUUGCCAGCGCCAACAGCUGUCUGGAUCCCAUCCUUUACUUUCUGGCUGGGCAGGAUAUUCGCAGUAACCUCACCAAGAAAAACAAGCAGGGUACACUGAAACCAGCAAGUGUGAACCAGUGCUCGACAACGCAACUGUGAUCCGGUUCUCUGCUGGGACAACUCCUGUACUUAUUGCCGGUCUCCUCUGGUGGACGAGACUCCCCUAAACCUGCUUCAAGAACUCAGCUUUCAAUAUUCAGUGUGUGUUUAGCAAACACAGGACUUUGGAGGGUUGGGCUUCCUACCAAGAAGCAACUGUAAAAUUAAAACCAGGGAAAGACUGUAAAACUCUUAGAAUCCUAUUUGACUGCCAAAAAAGCUCAGUUGAGCACACUGAUUCAGAUUUCCAUCAUUACCCAGUAGACGUGCAUGUUGAGAUUUGACCAAAUGUUAAAAAUCAAUUACUGACAAUACUGCUAUGAUAGCUGACGGUUAGAAAUAAACAUCUAAAUCAUGUGGCGCAUUCCUGACCGAGGACAUUAAAAGCCUUUAAAAAAGAGAUCUUUUUUCUCCCAUUAUGUUUGAAAAGCUGCACUAUAAUCGCACAGAGCUAAAAGCGUUCCACAGCUGUGGACAACUACUGCACCUGAUGUUUGUAUGUCUGCAUGGGAGCAAGCGGGUUUUCCUCAGCUCACCUUUCUCUAAGCCACACAGGCCACAGAAAGAGGGCACACAUGUUCAGCCACUCCUCUGGCUUUUAAGGCUUGUUUUGAAUAACCUGAUCUUGUGUGUGUGUUUGCGUGUGUGUGUCUUUGUGUCUAAAAAUGUGAAGGAAUUAAAAAUUACAUGACAAUAAACAUCUCUAAGUUUUGACAGAACAGUUUUCAGUGAUAUGUUUUUUAUCUUUUUUUCCUUGUACUUCACUGUAUUGGUUAAAUUUACAUAUAUAACAA